AUGAGGCUAUUAUAUUUAUUAUUUAUUUUCGCCGUUUUUCUACCGUGCGGCAUUCGAAGUGCUCACGAUGACAACGAAUUCGCAGAGUUUGAGGAUGAUUUCACGGAAACUGUGACCGAGGCGCCACCACGACCGGCGGAUUCAGCCGAGACGCCGAAAAUGAAAACGGCAAAAGUUGUGAAAGACGAGGAUUUCGACGAUGAUUUUGGAGUUGUUGAUGAAGAAGCCGACGAGGUCAAAGAGAAGGAGGCCGAUGAGCCAGUGCCAGUGGAGCCGCUGAAAUUUGCCGAUGUUCCCGCGCAUUUUCGAUCCAAUUGGGCUUCGUAUCAAGUCGAGGCGAUUGUGCUCGUCAUCAUGCUUAUCUAUAUGAUUAAUUAUGCGUAUGGACGAAGUGUGAAUAGUAGCAUGGCUAAUCGCGUCUUCGAUUAUUGCAAGCCAAUACUUGUCGAGCAAUUUGCAUUGGUUGGCGAUGAUGGUGUCACGGAUCUUGAUCAAAUCACUCCGCAAUUGAAGAAAGAUACCGACUUUAAUUUUUCGGCGUGGUGCACCGGACGUGUGAAUGUCAACUAUCUUCAUUUUCAGAUGAAAAUGCUGAAACGUCAGGAUAUUGUGAGUCGAGUCCUCAACCUCAUCAAUCCUUCUUCGGAUCGUCUCACGCUUAAAAUCUCGCUAGAAGGAGCCGACGCUGAUCCGGUCAUCAUCGCUGUUGGAGAGAAGAAGCAGACGACGAAGCAUGUCAAGGAGAUGUUCGAUUUGGUGUCGUUCGCCAAUGAGCGAAAACAGACCGCCCAACACAUCAAUUUGCCGCCAAACUAUGUGCUUUACUCGGAUCAAAGCGAAGUGGUCUAUUCGAUUCUGGAGCCCGGCGUUGUCUCACUAUUGAAGAAGCAUGAAAAAUCGAUUGAACUUAUCCACAUUUCUGAUCAAUAUACUGGACCCAAGCCACCAGAGGGCGAAACUUAUACUAGAUUGCCGGAAGGACAACGAAUGAUGACUGUUGUGAUCAAUUUGGACUAUUUUGAGGAUCAGGACACGAUUGAGGAGAUCCUUAACUUGGUGUUUUAUCUUGUUGAGAAGAUUCGCAAACUCAAACUGAGCAAGGAGGCGAAAUUCAAGGCUGAAAAGCGACGCAAAGAUUUCGAGGAGGAAUUCAUGAGGAAUACACAUCAAUUCCGGCAGGAGGCCGCGCAGGCGAGACGAGAGGAAAAAACGAGAGAAAGGAAGCAGAGAUUGAUGGAGGAGACCGAUCCGGAUAGGCAGAAACGAUUGGAGGCGAAAGAAUUGAAGCGUGAAGCGAAGGCGAAACAGCCGAAAAUGAAGCAACUCAAAGUGAAGUAA